ACGUUUUUCCAAAUCUCUUUAUCAAGCAAGGAAUCGGGCUAGGACCCCACUGUGAGGAAAGUAGAAACAGAAAAGAUGAUUCAUGUUCAGGGUUGUUCGUUAUGUUCGGAAACGUUCAAGAUUAAUUUGCCUUGACUUAACAGCCAGGGACUAUACACCGUGGUCUGGCACUCAGCUAAGAUUCAAAGAGGGAGAGAUGGAGGCUAGAGACAAGCAGGUGCUUCGCUCCCUUCGCCUGGAGCUGGGUGCCGAGGUACUGGUGGAGGGACUGGUUCUUCAAUAUCUUUACCAGGAAGGAGUCUUGACGGAAAACCAUGUUCAGGAAAUCAAAGCUCAAGCCACAGGCCUCCGGAAAACAAUGCUGCUGCUGGAUAUCCUACCUUCCAGAGGUCCUAAAGCAUUUGAUGCAUUCCUAGAGUCCCUGCAGGAAUUUCCCUGGGUUAGGGAGAAGCUGGAGAAGGCAAGGGAAGAAGCCAUAACUGAGCUGCCUGCAGAUGACCGGAUGACCGGUAUCCCCCCACACAUCCUCAACAGCUCCCCAUCCGACCAGCAGAUUAACCAGCUGGCGCAAAGGCUGGGCCCUGAGUGGGAGCCCGUGGUGCUGUCUCUGGGACUGUCCCAGACGGAUGUCUACCGCUGUAAGGCCAACCACCCCCACAACGUGCAGUCACAGAUGGUGGAGGCCUUCGUCCGCUGGCGGCAGCGCUACGGGAAGCAGGCCACCUUCCGGAGCUUGCAGAGGGGCCUUCAGGCCGUGGAGGUGGACCCCUCGGUGCUCCAGCACAUGUUGGAAUAAUGGUGUCUCCCUCCAUCCACCCCUGGGGAGCAUGUCCCCAAGUUGCAUGUGCAGAAUCCUGACUUUCUCCCAGGGCAGGUAGUUUUCGGGGGGUUUUGUUGUUGUUGUUGUUCUUGUUGUUGUUGUUUUCUUUUUAAGAUUCUUAGAUAAAAGGAGAAAAUAGGAUUUCCAGUUGAUAUUACUUGAAAGGCCAGAUUACUCAGUGGCUCUACCACAUUGACAAUUGGUUGUUUUUAAUUGCUUGAAGAUUGCAUUGUUUUAAUUGUGCAGGUUUUAAUUGUGUGGUUGCCUUUCAGUAAACUGGUAAAUCAUACUGGCUCAAAAACACACACACACACACACAAAAAAAAACCUACUGUGUUAUCACAUUACAUGCAGGUGUCCUAUAUAUAAAGCAUCCACUUUUAUAUUUCCUGGGAACUGAACUGUGCGCUUUGCUAUUAAUGAUGAUGAUAAUAAAAAGUGAAUUACUAUAUAUAAUGUGACCCUUUCAUGAGAGAGUAUUGUUUGUUUGUUUUUCUCAUUCCUGUAGUGCAUAGUUUAAAAGUGCGUAAUUACAGAAGUCAUUUUUGUUUUGAAACAGAAUUACAAGUAAUAACAAAAUUCUUACUUUCUCCAGUCAAGGUAAAUAGGCAGGGUGUCUGCAUUAAAUUUAAGACACUGAAGCUCCCCUGCAAGACCACUUCAGGUACCAGCAUGCACACCUGAGCCCUUGAUCUUUAAAAGAUUGCUUAAGAAAAUAACUGUGCCAUUUGUUUAAAGGCUUUAUUAGUUGGGGGACAAAAGAGGGUGUGGUCUUUCUGUUGAAAUUGUAGGGAUUUAAGUGUUGUGCUCUAAAGGAGUACGAUUUAGUCUUCUGUCUUUUUAUUAAUGACACAUGAUAUUUGUCAAAUGGUUCACUGUUUUCAAGAGUUUUCAUGUAUGUGAUCUCGUUUGGACCUCAUAAAAAUCCUAUGAAGCAGUUGGGCAAGAGAGGUGAGCCUCCUUCUGUAGUGAAAUUGCAUGAUUUUCCGGGGCCGAAUGAGCUAGAAUAGGUGUCUUUGGAGCCCUGCUCCUUUCCUGUUGCUCCAUGCUGCUUCUCCUCUUUCUCACAUGCCCCUCGAAGAAGCUUGAGUCCUGCUGUCCUCCUGCUAGCAGCAUCACCUUGGACAAAUCACUCCACUUCUCUAACCUAAGCCUCUACAGAUGAGGAAAUGAUUGUCCCCUCUUCCAAGAUUUUUGUGAUGGUUAAAGAGAUAAUGUCUGCCAAGGGCUCGUCUAGUGCCUUGCCCUUUGUCAGCUCUCAGAAAAUGGGAGCUGUUAAUUUGCUGCUGUGGCUGCACAUGGACAAAGUUCACAGGCAAAGCCGAAUAGUGGCUACAGGUGAGGACACUGCAGGAGGAAGUGCUAUUACCAUGCUUCCUGCCAAGCUUGAACCUGUGAUGUAACGUACUAAAUCUACCAUGGGUCCAAUCAAGAGAAGGACAGGUGAACAGUCCCAAUCUGUGAUCUGUUCUUCUGAAUAAUCGGGGAAUCUAUUUCCUAAUCCUAACUUAACCGAGGAUUUUUUUCAAAGGGAAAAAAUUAGGCUUUUUACCUCGCUGUGUUCCGGGAUGAGAAUAUAGAAUGGAAGAAUUGAACGUGAAAUGAGUGCUCACCAAGGUGACCGUGGCACAUCGAUAACAUCCUCUCAGAUGUCUGGCAGCCCUAUUCCCUUUACUAAAAAAGAUCAGUUAUUUCACAGUUCAACAAGCAGUUCAAAAGGAUGGUCUCCUGGCCCCAUCAGCUUUAAUUUUCCAUUGUGUAGCCCAGCCAUUAAUUCACUGUCUUGUAAAAUUCUCAGACUUCUGGCCCCAUCACUGUGCUAGUGAUAGACUGAACCUCUAUGGCAUCUUCAAUAAACUGCCUGUCAUUUUGAA